UAGGAGCUGCUGGGCCGGCUGCACAUGGAGAUGAUGGUGGAGUAUGUGAAGAGGAUGAUGAAGAGGAAGAUGAGGCUGAAGGACAAGGAGCAGCAGGAGGCAGCAGCCAAGUUACUGGCUGAAGACAGCAGCAAACUGAGUACCUACUUUACUGAAGCGGGGUCCAAAAUAAGCUGGCUGAGUGAGGUCCUCCCUAAAAUGGCGGAGGUGGUCAGACUGCAGGACCCAGGAAGCAUCCAGCUGGAGAUCGUCACCCUGGCUAGGGACUUCCCAGACCUUAGGUGAGACAGA